AAAGCAAAGGUACGACGACUUCGAAGAAAGCAGACGAAAAUUUUGAUCUCUCUCUAUUCUGCGAUUCAUCUUUUGUCGAAAUUCCCAAUUCACAGAGUCCACAACCCUAAUUUCAAUAUGGUUUGCGUUUUCUGUUUGGUGCCUCUGUUCCUCGUCCCGCUCGUCAAUUUACUCCCUCGUAUCAUCGAUUUCUUAAUGGCCAAGGUGUAUGGAUGGCUCGGAUGGGAAUACAGGAAGCCAGCGAGAGUUCCUCCUGCUUGUCCUUUCAAACCAACUGCCACCAAAGUAGCUGCAGAAACAAUAAGUGAAGGUACAGAAACAAUAGCUAAACCCGAGGAUACCGCUGGUGGGGUGAAGCAGGAUUGAAGCUGAGAUACCCUCCCUCCUUUAAUAAAAGCUUUUUAACAUUCUGUGGACAUGUUCUGGAUAAGUGAAGAACCUUUUGUGUGUGUUGUGUCAUAAUAUUGUACGUUCAAAGUUUUGUUAUGGUCAUUGUUGUAAACAGAUAAUUUUCUUAUGCCAGACUUGGAAUUCCUCCGCUACUUUGGGAUCACUCUAUGUUGUUUAGCUAAUUGCAUUAAGGCAUCUCAUGUAUUAUUCUAAAAAUUGUAUAGUUAUAUAAAUGGUAAGACUAAUUG